GUUCGCAAUAAUUAAUCGCUAGAAGUAUUCAAAUAAUACAAAGGUUGGAUUUAAUUUCUUUAAAGGGUUGUGAUUAUAGAUAUUGAACAUAUACUUUAUCAUGUUUUUGUUAAACUUUCACAUUAGGAGAACAAUUACCGGAGGAAUUAGUCUUGCAUGAAUUCGUAUCAACUCAAGUGCAAAUCAUAUGUUAAUGUUUAUAGUGUACUCGUGUUCGCAUUUAUAAAUGUCAACUUCACCCGACAGAGGUUGGGCAUGGCUCGUUCUCAUGGGGUCAGUGGGAGAGCACAUUGUAAUGGGCUAUUUAGCGUAUGCUAGUGGAAUGAUAUAUAUCGCUCUGCUAGAAAACUUCAAUGCCGAUGUAUUAACAACAACAUGUAUUUCUGCACUAUUUUUAGCUUUAAUGACAGGCUCAGGACCUAUUGCCAGUACCAUCAUCAACCGAUAUAGUUGUAGAGUGGCUAUGAUACUAGGGUCACUCAUGUUAUCCACAGGACUUGUCUUAACAGGAUUUGUAGAGGAUAUCAAAUGGACAUUUCUUACAUUUGGAAUUCUUGCAGGAAUAGGAUUUGGAUUAUGCUACAACACUGGUUUGAUAGUGAUAGCGUUUAACUUUGAAAAGAAACGUAACAUGGCGUGUGGCAUAGCUAUAUCGGGUGGUGGAAUUGGACCUUUUAUUCUUACUCCUGUUUUCCAAUUAAUAUAUGAGGAAUACAAUUAUUCUGGAUAUUUUCUAUUAUUAGGAGGGCUUGCAUUACAAAACUGUGUGUUCGGUGCCAUAUUUCGACCAUCUAAAACAGAACUUGCAAUGAAAACUGCGAACUCAAACCGUAAAGAAAGAUUCUGUGAUUCUGUGUCGUCAUAUAUGGAGAUAGUUCGGAGUGGCUCAAUGUUAUGUGUAUGUUUAGGAUUCUUUCUGGCCAAUAUUAGUAUCUAUCUACUCUAUAUACAUUAUCCUGAGUAUUGUCUCCAUACAAAAUCAACGAAAAUGGAAGUGUCUAUAUUGUUAUCAAUAGCCGGUAUAUCUGGCUGUUUCACUCGGGUAUUAUUUGGUAUGGCUAAUAACAGUCAUAACAUUGACGAGUUACUUAUGCUAUUUGGAGUGUUUAGUUUAUUAGGUUUAGGCACCAUCAUCUUCCCUUUAUUUAGUUCAUAUACAACCGCCAAAGUUAUGUUUGCCUACUUACUUGGUGGAUAUUCUGGUUGCUGUUGGGCAGUUGUGAAUUCUAUAGUUAUAAAUAUUUUAGGACAUAAGAGACUCGCACAUGGUGUUGGUUAUCUCAUGGUGUAUUGUGGAGUUGGAACAUUCAUAGGACCACCUCUGGCAGGAUUUAUCCUUAAUUAUGGUGGUACUUACGGAGAUUCCUUCCUAGUAGCAGGCAUUUUAUUAAUAAUGGGAGGAUUUAGUUGCCUGUGUUGUACAAUGUGCCAAAGAUCAGUGGACACCAAAGAAAGUUUUGAUGACUUUGAGUUCACUGUAGCAGCUGAUGAAAAAAAGCAAACUAUUCUACAUGUAGCUAGUAAUAAAACAGAAGAAGAUGAUAGUUUUUUGUUGAAGAAACCAAAAAAUAUGAACAUCGACAUAGUGUUUAUAAACAAACAGUAAAAUGUAAUAUAGAUAACAUAUCAAAGGAUAAUUUAAUGUUCUUCGUUAAGAAUCCUCCAUAGAUUGGUGUUUUAAAUUCAUUUUUUUUAAAUUUUCUAAUCCUGCAAGCUGAGGGCUACGAUAAAGCCCCUCCUCUUCAAUGGUGGAGGAUGGAGAGGUGGGGACCAGAUUUUACA